AUGUCUUAUCAAGGCCAUUGCAAUUGCGAGAGUAUUCUCAUCACUCUUCUCCAGCAACCUCCAAGCUCAGUUAUUUGCCAUUGCGACUGUUGCAAGCGAGCAGGUGGUGGCCGUCAGUACAUUCGCCAAGACCGAGCGACAUCGCACAUUUUGCUUACAACCAUCUUAGCAUUCUCUGUAAACUACAUUGUCGAUGAGGCUGAAUUGACCAUCGACGAUCCGCAUGCAAUAUUGAAGCUCUACGAUGACAAGAAAUCGAUCAGUGGAAACGUUGUGAAGCGUUAUUUCUGCUCCAGCUGCGGCAGUCCAGUGUUCACCAAAACCCCUAAGGCUCCUGGAAAGGUCUUUUUGAAGGCUGCCUUAUUCGACAGUGUCGCCCAUCCUAAAACCGAGGUGUUUACCAAGAAGCAAUACCAGUGGGUUACUGUUGAGAACGGAGAAAGGCAAACGUAA